UCCACUGAUGUCUGUGAGCAGAUCUUGCGAGUGGUGAGUAGGUCCAAUCGCCUGGAAGAACUGGUGUUAGAGAAUGCCGGGCUUAGAACAGAUUUUGCACAGAAACUAGCCAGUGCCCUAGCCCAUAAUCCCAACUCAGGACUCCACACGAUCAACCUUGCUAGCAAUCCACUUGAAGACAGAGGUGUGUCGUCUUUGAGCAUCCAGUUUGCCAAACUUCCAAAGGGACUGAAACAUUUAAAUUUAUCUAAAACCUCCUUGUCACCUAAAGGGGUGAACAGCCUUUCCCAGUCGCUGAGUGCCAACGCGCUGAUCGCCAACACGCUCGUCUAUCUCGACCUCUCAGGGAACGCGCUCCGCGGCGAUGAUCUCUCCAGCCUGUACAAUUUUUUGGCCCAGCCAAAUGCCCUUGUUCAUCUGGAUUUAUCCAACACGGAGUGCGCGCUAGAUAUGGUGUGUGGAGCCCUCCUUCGUGGAUGUCUUCGGCAUCUAGCUGUCCUUAGCCUCUCUAGGACUCUCUUUUCUCACAGAAAAGGAAAAGAAGUCCCUCCCUCCUUCAAACAGUUUUUCAGCAGCUCACUUGCUUUGAUGCAGAUUAAUCUUUCGGGAACUAAACUCCCUCCUGAGCCUCUAAAAGCGCUUUUAUUAGGCCUGGCUUGCAAUCACAAUCUGAAGGAGGUGUCUUUAGAUCUCAGUAGCUGUGAGUUGAGAUCGGGAGGUGCACAAGUCUUGGAAGGAUGCAUAGCAGAAAUACACAAUAUCACCAGCCUAGAUAUUUCAGACAAUGGCCUAGAAUCUGACCUCUCAACCCUUGUAGUCUGGCUUAGUAAAAACCGAUCGAUAAGACACUUGGCGUUAGGCAAAAACUUUAACAACAUGAAAUCCAAAAAUCUCACUCCAGUACUUGAUAAUUUAGUUCAGAUGAUUCAAGACGAGGAUUCACCUCUGCAGUCAUUGUCCCUCGCAGAUUCCAAGCUGAAGACUGAGGUCACCAUCAUUAUUAAUGCCUUGGGCAGCAAUACUUCUCUAACAAAAGUGGAUAUUAGUGGAAAUGCCAUGGGAGAUAUGGGAGCAAAGAUGCUGGCAAAAGCCCUGCAGAUAAACACCAAGCUCAGAACUGUAAUAUGGGACAAGAAUAACAUCACUGCACAGGGCUUCCAGGACAUAGCUGUGGCACUGGAAAAGAAUUAUACUUUGAGGUUCAUGCCUAUACCGAUGAAUGAUGCCUCCCAAGCACUCAAAACAAACCCUGAGAAAACAGAAGAGGCGCUGCAAAAGAUAGAAAACUACCUGCUUCGUAAUCACGAGACCAGAAAGUACUUACAGGAGCAAGCGUACCGGCUGCAGCAAGGCAUUGUCACCAGUACCACUCAGCAGAUGAUUGACAGAAUAUGUGUAAAAGUGCAAGAUCAUCUCAACUCUUUAAGGAACUGUGGUGUGGAUGCUGUACAGGAAGAUGUCAAAUCCGCAGAACGCCUUAUGCGGGAUGCUAAGAACUCCAAAACACUCUUACCAAAUCUGUAUCACCUCGGUGGAGCAUCGUGGGCAGGAGCGAAUGGUUCGCUCUCCAAUCCAAUCCAACAGACACUUGAAUCCAUGGCUGGAGAAGUCACGAGGGUUGUGGAUGAGCAACUUAAGGUAAGGUCUUUAGCCUUUCCUCCUGCUUCCUACCGAGACCUUCACGCAGCAUUGCUUCACAUGAUCCAUUUUGAAGGACCAUGCUUAGACUUCAACGUAGCAAGUCUUUAUGACUUUUAUGAUUGUGAUCCAUCGUUAACUCUUGGGAGGCCGAGUGUCAUUUAUUUCAAG